AUGGACGGCCGGAUCCAACCCCUCAACCUGUCCCCGCAUGGCUCCUCACCCAUGGCUUCUCUCUCCAUGCCUCACUCCCUUCUGCGACCACCGCUCUACCUCCGGGCCUGCAACCCUGCUUUGGAAAGAGGCUAUCCGCGAACUCCGAAGUGCGCGCGCUGCAGGAACCACGGCGUCGUCUCGGCCCUCAAAGGUCACAAGCGAUUUUGCCGCUGGAGAGACUGCGUUUGCGCCAAAUGCACGCUGAUUGCGGAGAGGCAGAGGGUGAUGGCAGCGCAGGUGGCACUCCGGAGGCAGCAGGCCCAGGAGGAGAACGAGGCCCGCGAGCUGAGGUUGAUGUACCCGGCGGGAGCGGGGAUGGUCGGGGACGGCGGGGUACCCCAGGGCUCAGCUGUGGCCACGUCUACUACCGCGCCAGCUGCUCACACUCCCCCUGGAUUUGAAGUUUUUGCCGCUGGAAAUCUAAAAGAUGAUGCCAAGAUGAACAAGUACCCCCUUUAUAGUGGAUUCAUGGGCCACCAUCUGUUUGCCCCUCACUCCUCUCAACUCCCAUCUCCCCAUGAGAAAGACCUGUCACCAAACGGAGACCACUCACUCAGCGACGGCAGCCCCAGUCCACCCCCGCGCUUCGACCAGCGCUCCGAGCACUCAGACAGUCCACAGCGGUCGUCAUCUUCAGACCAAGAGUCAGGGAACGAAUCGGACAGACCAACUGCGGAACGGGACCCCACCGACAUCAUGGCCAAGAUCUUCCCUCAUCAGAAACGGGACACGCUGGAGUCAACAGUGCGGACUUGCAAGGGAGACAUUGCCAAAUCGAUAGAACUCAUACUGAACGCGAAAGAGAACAAAAUCAAUCAGGAUCCAGGCCCAACGAGGCCUCCUGUGGGACUGCCCGGAGCUCUCACUGCUGUGGGCAAUAAAUCGGCCUUCUCCGCAGUACACAUGCCCCCCGCGGCUUCAGGGGGGGGCGGCUUGUAUGGCUUGGGACCCCGUCUCAGCAUGGGCCCCCUCAGGCUCGCUUACUCCAGUGCUAAUGGGGCAGGUGUGGCAGGAUUCAUGUCUCCCUACGUGACGUCUGGACUCAUGCCGGUGUUCCCCCUGCGUCCUCCGCUGGACUCGUACCCGUUCCCAAACAUGAUCCGAGACCUGACCUAUCUCCAGAGCAAAGAGUCACUCUGCAACGCUGGAAGUCUCCGCAGUCCGCUUUUAAAUGUCCGAGCCAAAUCUAAAGUCAUGAAUGGAAACCGGCGCUGUUUUAUUUAUGACAUGCAGUUCCACGCAGUUGUCUUGGCCGUGUUCUGGUCUCACUUGGUGGACUCACGGAAAAUAAGAGGAAUUUCGUCUUCGUAUAAACGGUUUUAUCGAGAGAAGAAGUCUUUUCUCUGCAUCGACGGGUCUAAAAUGAUCCCAUUUGAGCAGGUGAACGAUGACUACUGUGACUGUCAGGAUGGAUCUGAUGAACCAGGCACCUCCGCUUGUCCUCGAGGCCGCUUCUACUGCACUAACCUGGGUUUCCGCCCACACUACAUCCCUUCAUCACGAGUUAACGACGGCAUCUGCGAUUGCUGUGACGCCUCAGACGAAUACAACAGUCCCACUCGAUGCCAGAACUCAUGCUGGAAUCUAGGGCAGAGGGAGCGGGCGUUUGUGGAGGGCCAGAUGAGGGCUUUGGACGAGGGGCUGAGACUCAAGCAGCAGCUCAUCGAGGAAGGAGUGCUGCUUUGGAGAGAGAAGCAGGCUCAGCUCCGUGAGCUGCAGCAGGUAGCAGAAGGUCUGCAGAUGAAAGUAGAGGAACACAGAAAAAAGAUGCACGAGGCUGAGCGAACACUGAAGGCUCUGCAGUCCAGUGACGGCGGUGACGGCGGUGACGGCGGUCAUGCAAGAUACAACAGCUCUGCAGUGGGUGUCUUCAACCAUUUGGACAGCAACAAGGAUGGCAGCCUAUCUGUUGAAGAAAUCCAGUCCAAAGUGACAUUCAUUCAAGAUGAGACGAGAGUUCUUACAGAAGACGAGGCUGUGGUAAGUGUCUUUUGA